ACUGGUGUCGCUGAGUGAUGACGUCAUUGUAGGACUUCAUGAACGCCAUGGCGGCUCAUGCUAGCGAGCUUGAGAUUGCAAAGAAAAAUUUAACUGAUGCAAUUGGCGAUAAUGUCAAGCAUUACUGGGCAAACCUGAAGUUAUGGUUCAAACAGAAAAUCAGCAAGGAGGAGUUUGACGUUGAGGCUCGUCGUCUGUUGGCACAGGAUAAUGUCCAUGUUCACAACGAUUUUCUUCUGGCCAUUCUCACACGCUGUCAGAUCAUUGUGUCCACACCAGAGGGCGCAGGGCCAUUACAGUGGCAAGGUAGCUCUGCUUCAAAGCCUGGAAAACCAAAAGGGAAGAAGAAAUGUUCCUCCAGACAAAAGUUUGAUCAUCGUUUCCAGCCACAGAACCCUCUGAGCGCCGCCCAGCCUUUCAGCCCUAGGGAGGUGGGAGGUGAGGAGGAGGAGCUGCGUCUAAGUGCCCACACUCUGCUGUUGCCCACGCGGGGCCAGCUGGAGGCUCGCAUGAUGGUGACAGCCUUUGAGCUAGGCCUGGAUAACAUCACAGACGAUGCCGUCGGCAGCAUGAUCUGCGCUGUUGAGCACCACUUGAAAGAUGUCCUGACCGCUGUCAUCACCCGGAGGAAGGCGUAUAGGUUACGAGAUGGCCGCUUCCCCUACGCCUUUGGCAGUGAUGUCACACCGCAACCUUAUCUGAAAAACAGCCUUGCUGCUUACAACAGUCUUACUGAAUGUCCCCCUUCAAGUGCUUCCUUCGCCACUGGCCCACCACCUCAAGUGUCACCUGAUGAGGCCGAGCAAAAAGCUGUUCACUUAUUGGCUUGUUCUGCUGACACUCUCCCCGCUCCCCUUCCUCCAAUCAACAUGUUUGAUCUCCUGGAGGCUUUACAGGUUCACCACGGUGUGAUGCCCUCCCACACUAUGUAUGCCCUGAACAUGGAGCGCAUCCUGUCACGGCUCUGGCACCCCAGCCACGAAGAACUAGAGCAGGACCACAUACACCGGCAGCGCCUGGCUGCCAAAGAGGGAGUGCUCGUCAGCUGAGGACCACUAAUGCUGGACUGUAUAUGAACUGGGGAUAUCAGGAACGAAACACAAAUACAAUCCCCAACAUGGAAAUGGACGGGGACCAGUCUGUCUAUAAAAACUGAAUACCCUUUUCAUGAUACCUUGAAAAUCACAUCUCUGUUGCACAAAGAGAUAAAGCAUAAGUGGAGUAAGAUGAAACAUAACUGUUGGACAGUGGACACAGAGUGGGCAGUCCACUCCGGCCGCCAGCCAAUAGCUGGCAAAUUAUUUUUGUCUGUUCCACCAGCCAUUUUGGCACUCAACCAACCAUCCUUUGGAACUUCUGUUAUUUAGUGAGAAACCUAUUUGUUGGUUAAAUAUUGAAAGUAUUUAAUUUUAGGAGAUACCAGCAGAUAGAGCAAAAUGAAGUUGUUGUUAUUGGGCCAGGUUGCACAUCAGUGUUAAUGUUCCUGAGUCAGAUAUUCACCACAACUAUUAAAAUAUGUCCUACAAACACAGAACCUUCAAUAUCGAAUCAUGUAGCAUUGUGGACGUGACUAGAUCACAACAAUUUGCACAAAGGAAAGAUUAAAAACAGGCCCUGUACAUAACACACAGGUGAUUUCACUUAAACUGUAUGAUUAGGCCUCAUUUUAGGCUGAAGUUGGGGGCAGCGCUGAGGUCAUCUUACUCAAUUCGAGAAUAAAACUGAUAAAGAUGGGAAUUGUCAAUCCUUAACAGGUAGAACCGAAAAUGUCAAUCAGCAAAGGAUCCAGUGAGAGGUCCAAUCAAGCAAUAAGUGAGAACACCUGUGUGGGUUUACGGUGGGGGUGCAGGGUCCUUAAAAUGUGCCGGACAGCUGCCUCCUGUGUCAUCACGCCCCUCAUGAACAUACCUCGAAACUGUCCGAAAGCAUUUAAUGGGGUCUGUCUGGUUUAAAGACCAGCGAGCAUCCAUGUGUGUAUGCUAAAGCUUUCAUGUGUCAGUACACUCGAAUAUCUGUUUGUGUUUAGCCUCUAGUUCAGGUUGAAAUGUGUAUAAAUUUGUAUCUUUCUUUUCUACACAAACCUUGUUUUAUAAUUUUCUAUACAGUAGUUCUGAAAAU